AUCUUAUUUUCCACAUGGACUCAUUUCCGACGUCCUAUACUAACCGAAGUACAUUUGAACUGAGUAUUCAUUUCUAUUCUGCAGGACCAAACAUGAACCUUACGACUUAUUACCUAAGGACUCUGAAAGAAGUAAUACCUAGGAUGCCAGAAAGACCGUCCAAGAAUCUCCAUGCAUUAUUGACCAACAACCAACUGUUCUCAGCUUUGGACUUAGUACGAAAUCUACAAGUGUUUCCAUAUCAAGUCAAACUGCUCGACAAGACAACUUUAAUGCAUCUCAUAUUUGUCAGUGAUGAACAGAAUUUAACUGGAAACAACACCAUGUUAAAAUCCAUUGCCCAAAUAUUCUUACACCAAACAGAUAGACUAAGAAUGUAUGUGAAAAGCAUUGAGCUUGCGAAGGAACUUAAUAUCAGUUUUGACGAUAUACUUCAGUUAUCAGGUUUAACAAAACAAGUCCUUCUUGAUUCUAAACCGGAGGUACUCGAGCAAGUAAAAAAAACAGUUCAAAUUAAAAAUCUUUUGGGCAAACUAACAGAGUACAAAAGAAGUUUGAUGACUUACAAAAAUAAUGUUCAAAUAUCUUUGGAUGUCAUGAAAAUUAGACAACAUUUCAAUAGGCUUUCUUUGAAAAAGAUCAACAGUACGACAGACAAGGAACUAAAACAAAUACUUGUUGGAGAAAACAAGAUGAUAUUCACUAAGACAUUGUCCAUACGAAACAUUUCAACAUUCUUUGACGUUUCUCGUGCAAGUUUGAAAGAGAUGACAGUCGCUCACCUGCUGACUCAAGUGUUAGGUAUCAGCCUUGAAAAUUACACGACACUACAUAUGUUCACUACUCAUCAGCUAGAGGGUAUUAAAGACGUGAAAAUUUCUACUGUGCCUUCGUCAGAUGACAUGACCCUCUAUGAAAUCACAAACGCUAUUUUGCAGCUGCGUACAGGUAAGCUUGCAUGCCUGCUAACUUAAUGUUAACCUGAAUACCUCCGCCAACGAACCUCAAAAAUUUCAUGCAUAAAUUAUUCACCGAGUUUUUUUUACACAGCCCGAAAUUGGUUCACAAAUUUAUCCAAUUUUUAUCGAAAUUCAACAAAGCCUUGAUCGAGGCUUGUCCUAUGGCGCGAUUAUACUCAUUUGGUCCGAAUACGUUCGUAUUGAACUGUUCAAUACGUUUUAAUUUGAGUUAUCGUGGUGAAAAACGAAGAAAAAGCGUAUAACCUCGUAGACCUAGUGCGGCCGAUCGUUUGAAAGCUGAUUAGCUUAAUCCCAGGUAAACAAAAUCUUCAAAGCAAUCUUCCCAACAGCUUGUUUAUAAACAUGGAAUAUUUUUCUAGAAAACUUGUCUGGAUCAAAAGAAGGUGUAAUGAAGAGAAGUUUUAUUUUUUCAAGUUUUGAAAUAAACAGACAUGCGGAAAUACAUGCUAACCGAAACAGCAAGUUUAAUUUUAACCCAGGGUUUCGCUAUUAAUACAGCUUUGAAUGGUGGAGGACGUUGUGAAGUAUACAUUAAUUGUCCGGUACAGGCGACGAUUCUUUGAUUUUGUUGUUUUCUACAUAUGGGAGAAUUAGUAUGAGAAUUGGUCAACGUUCAAAGACGGUUUAAUGAACUUUGGUCAAUGUUCAAAGCGAUCUUGUUUGUUAAAAUAUUAAAGGAAUACAGAAUGGUUUUCCGUGCAGGAUUGCGUGAUCCAUGCACGCGGGAUGUUGCGAGACUUUCGGAAAGCGUAAAAAUACACGAGCCGUAGGCGAGUGUAUUUUUACGAUUUCCGAAAGUCGAGCAACAUCCCAAGUGCAUGGAUCAUGCUAUCCUGCACGGAAAAACCAUUUGGUAAUUGUUUUAUAAAAUUACUACAUUGAAACGAUGCUUAACUUGAUUAAAAUUACUGAUGAAAUGUGCAGUUCUCACAACAUUCGUGAAUUAACCAAUCAGAGAAUCGCUACUCCACGCUAUUGAAAACAACAACAUAUGUGAAUAGAAUUUGAUCGCAAAUUCGCGAAAAUAUACAGCGAAAAUACAGGGACUUUUUCGAUAAAAUAUACGAAAUUUGAAAUGGAAAACCCGCUAAACAGAGAACCAAGGUAGUUUUCAAGAUUCUCGACCUGAAUAUGUGAAGAUUGCGAAGCGUUUGAUCAACUUUGAAGCGAGAGAUUGUUGUACUUGCAUGCCAUGGUCUGAUAAAUUUCAACGCUACGCGUUGCUACUUGCUGAAUAGCAAUGUAUUGAUCAGAAAUUUAUCGAAAGGUAUCGUACAAUGAAACUUUACAAUGCGAGUAUAUUUGUAAAAUUAUGUCCAAGAAUUUCUGUUCAGAAUUUCCCGUGCAGGAUUGUCUGAUCCUGCACGGCUGUUGACCAAUCAAAUUGCGUGUUUCACUGUAGUUAUUAUAUAAUCUUUUUUCCUUUUCACAAUGAAGGAAGUGAAAGUUGCGCACGUCCCUUUACGGUUUGCGGUAAAAAAUUCGGUCGAGUAUAAAAAUGUAUAAAGGGUAUUGUUGAUGGAAAUUAUUGAUAUUAUACGAAAUUAGAAUUAUAUACAUUUUAUUUACAUUCGCGGGCAUGUUUGAGGGGCACAAAAUUAUUCGUGAAAAUGUUAAGUUUCCAACUUGUAUACGUAUAUUAUACGUGCGUAAAUAAAUGAAUAAUGUACUCAAUUUAUUCAUUUUCCCCAUGGUCAUGCCACUGAAUAGGACACUGUAUAGUAAAGACAAUCUACAAGUCACUUUGGUGCUGAAUUUAAUUAUUCAUUUUCCUCCCAUCUAUAGUCAAGAAAUGCAGUGAAUCAAGUUGUUCAAAGAAUGCAGAAUGUAUCCAGCACUCAAAUUACUCCAUUUUAUGUCGCUGCAAGAAAGGUUACAUUAGUAACGGCUUCAACUGUGAUACUGGCAACACAAUAUUUAGCUCUGAGCUUGUUCUAAACCAAACAUUCACAGAGUCACUCAAUAAUCCCAACUCUGCUGAGUAUAGGAAUCUCGCCGAAAAAAUUCAGAAUGCUUUAACAUCCGCGAUCAGGAAGGAAAACAAUUUCCCAGGUUUCCUUGGUUGCCAGGUUACUGGUUUUAUAAAAGGAAGUGUUGUUGCUCAGUAUGUCUUGAUAUUUCAGUUACAAGAAAGUGAGACUGUGAAUGCAUCUAAACUAUCGCUAGUUGUAGUUGCAGCCGUUCGGAAUGGUUCGCUGGCAAUCCCUGUUGUGUCAUCAAGAUCGAUCAAGACCGCAGGUACGUUGAUAAUUAUAGUAAUAAUAACGUUUUUUAUUUAUUUAUAUUUUCUUGAUCCACCCAUGUCAUCCCAGAGAAAUAAAUACUUUAUAAUUGCCCGAUUCCUUUAUUCAGGGCGUUUUUCAAUAACCUUUGAAUAAAUGAAUUUUAAAUUCUUGCAAAUAUGUUUUCUUAAAAAAAAGAAGCCCAAAAACUUCGUUUUGCUUAUUUUACUUAUAAUUUUUCAAUUUUCAAAUAAUGGGGAGGGUCAGGUUACAAUGUAUGUAUGUAUGUAUGAUUACAUACAUCAUACAUAUAAGUGCAGCACCUGCAUGUAUGAUGUAUAUACAUCAUAGAUUCAAGCCGCAGGGUUGCCAGAUUGCUGAAUAAAUAAGCCAAACAUUGUUAUAAACGGCCCUUUGAUGUCUUUGUUUCGAACAAAGGUUAUGAUAAUAAUAUUUGGUUUAUUUAUUCAGUUAUAAUCUGGCAACCCUAAUGACCUAUUACCUAAUGAACAAAAUUUUGAUCUAAACAAGUCUAGACGAAAAUUUUAUCACGGCUUGAAAGAGCAUCACAAAAUUAGUAAUAUUCCGAAAUGUUGUAAAAUGCGGAUAAUAUAACCCAGUUUUUCAGUCAUUUUGUAUUAGUACGCAUGGGAAAUUGAUACCUUUUUUCAGAAAGCGGUAUCAAUUUCCCGUGCGUAAUACAAAAUGACUGAACAACGGCAAACUUCGCAGGGCUAUAUUAUCCGCAUAUUACAACAUUUCGCAACGAAACUUCGGAAUAUUACUAAUUUUGUGAUGCUCUUUCAAGCUGUGGUGAAAUGUUUGUCUAGACUUGUCUAAAUCAAAAUUUUGUUCAUUAGGGAAUAGGUCCAUUCAAGGUUGACCGUAUGAUGAUAAUGAUACAUCAUACAAACGAAGAGGAAUAGUGGAUGGGUUGCAUGCAUAUUACCUAGCCUCUCCGCAGGCAACUCUUGUUUUCCACUCCCAAAUCCCAAAUAUAUACCGACCUAGCUUUCAACCAGAAAGAGACAAUAUUUUUGUCGAAUUUGGAAUUUGUAUGACUACAUUAGGAAACAUAAGGGGACCCAAGCUCUUACUGUUUCUUUCUGCUCGGCCAAACUUUCGAUAUGGAUUGAAAGCGUGGAAUAAAUUCAAUUCUUUUCUGGUAGAAAGGUCGGUAUAUAUUUGGGAUUUGGGAGGAGGCUACAUAUUACCAUAAUGGAGGUAACUUUGCACUUUGCCAUGUUCUCACAUAUCCGGCUGUAAAUAGCGAACGGAAUUAGCACCGUCGCUCCGGGCUUACUCUCUGAAGUGCCGUUGGCGAUCGGGAUGAUAUUUCAUAUGACGUCGUCAGAUAAGUUACAAAGAUAAAACUGAAAAAAGAUGAACUAUUUUGUUAAACUUAAAAACUUUUAAGUUAUUAUAAAUUUAAAAAUUUCUAUAAAUUGAAUAUGAAAAAAUGUAAGGCUUGAGGUGAGUAAUAUAUUUACAUGAUUAUUCCUUUUACUGAAAGUUAGUGCUUCACGCAUGGUUAUUCCUUUGAUAAGUCUUAUGAAGUUUAGAUGUAUUGUGUUGAUUAAUUUGAUUGUUUGUAAUGAAAAAAAUUGUGAAGAAGCUUGGUAAAUUGUUCAAAUAAUGAUACCGGAACAUGAAUAAACUCUUUAAAUUAAUUUACAAUAGGGCAUGACUCAAAAUCACUAAGUCAGCAAACAUUUUUUUGAAAAUGUCAUUAGACGAACUAUUUUCUUUUGGAUAUUCGUUAAGUUUUUAAUUCGCGUUUUGUAUGUAAAACUCCAUAUAUAGGCUAUUAAAUUGCCAUAUAUUAGAUAAUUAUUAUAACGUUAAAUAUAUUACAAGGGAUAUACAGGGUGUAUAAAAAAAAACAGAGACCAAAUUUUGUGCUUAAUAACUUUCGUAGGCCUACUGCUACUUCUAAUAAAACGGUUUUAGGCUUAUUUUAAAGCCUGUUCAUUUAUCUUUCGAACAAAUGGUCAUCCGUGUCUUUAGUGCAAGUAAUAACUGCACAGGCGAAAAGUUAGUAAAACCUAUCAUGUUUAGAUGCCGCUUAAUUAUACAAAUUUACUGUGUUAUUCCAUAGUCGGUUGCAAUGUUUGAAUUUUCUUGUUCAAACUUUAAUGUUUUUGUUGCCACAUCAGAAAAACUAGUAAGAACUUGUUAAAAACAUUCUAAAAGAGAUUAGGUUGUUUUAUUUAUUUCAAAAUCCUAAAUUAUUUCCAGAAAUCAUCAAAACAACCUUACGUCCAUGCAUCGUCCGAACGAGCACCAUCGAAUCGGGCCGUAAUGUAAAUAUAAAUUAGCAAGUUGACGGCAAGCUAAAACACGCUUCAGCCGGGAUUAUAACGCAUUUGAAGUCAGCAAGUGAAUUUAAAAUAGUGUAUUGGAAGCCAUUAUUACCUGAUUUUUACAAGCAAUUGCCAAAAUGCCUCAAUUUGCUCGUUUUGUUGACAAAAUAAGUUAUUUUCAUCAAGUACCGGUUUGUUAUUAUUGCAUCUCAAAUUUUUGACUCUCCAAUCGCAAUCAUUUAAAAUAUUAUUAUUCACGAAUUUCUGGAUUAUAUUUACAAACAACCCACCAUUGAAAAGCUGAAUGUCUACGCUUUAAAAUGAAUGUAAACCUGAACGUUAUGCUUUAAUAUUCGUUUCGAAAUUUAUAUUUGAAGCGAGGACUCCGUUUUUUAUGAUACACCCUGUAGAAAGCGAUUAGUGAGUAUAUAAUAAUAUGAAGUAACAAAUUAUACAAUUAUAUAGAUUAAUUCGAGGGGUGAAGACCAACAAACAGACAAACAUACAUGUGAUGCAACCGAACAACGCGAGCAACAACAAUGUAGAUAUGUGGAAUGGAACCAGAGGGCACCCAUGGAUAAUCUAAACAAGCUAACCUACACUAAAACUUACGUGCACCAUGGCAAUAUAUCAUCUGUAGUUGGAGAUACAAAAACUACGCUCUUGCAAUAUUCCAACUUCGGAUUUCAUGAGAAUGUGCGCCUCUAAAUAGGGGAGAAAAUUUAUUUUUGGUUAGUUUGACAAAAGAAGCAUGCACCAACUAUGACUGCUAUAUGAUUCAUUACUGUGAUUGGCAUUGUCUAUUGGAAAACGAUUUUUAUGAAAAACAGUAGAAAAUUUGAACAUAUUUGGUUUUCUACCCAGUAUAACUCUUUGUCGAAAGUGGUCAUGCUUUGCACUACCUAAUAUUAAUUAUCUUCACUCAUCUGCGGAUUGAUAGAAUUACUUGGAAGAUAUAUGAAAGCGUUUUACUUAUUUUUCAUGAAGUUAUAGUUUGAAUAUCUUGGUUUUUUGCACACGAAUAUCACAACCCUGUCAAUAAUCCAAACCCUAAUGUGCGUAAAACAUGAAAAUAUAACCGCAAAUCGCAACAGUUGAUACUACACUGUCUUCCACUUGAAAUCUAAAAUAAAUUAAACUUUCUGUUUUGUAUUUUAAACAGAUUUUUGUUCCUUGGGCUUCCACAGUUGUCACAUGCAUGCCACAUGCAGUAUAAAAGAUGGAAUCGUGACUUGCACAUGUAAAGAAAAUUAUUAUGGUGAUGGUGAAAAUUGCGUUGAUCCAUGCAAACAGCGUCAAUGUCCCGUCCAUUCUUAUUGUUUCCGAGGAUUGAAUGGACAAGCGAAAUGUAUCUGUGAACCUGGUUAUACUCAGGAAGAAAAAGGCUGUGAAAAGGCUGAUGAAGGUAUAUUAAAUGAAAUAAUCUAUUAGAGGAUAUAGUCUUGAAUUCGUGCGAUUUUGACGCACACUAAGGCAAUAUUUUCACGCACAAAGAAAAACGCAUUAAUUUUAACUCGCAAGAAAAGUCCAGAAUUCGACACAAUGCAAAAAUGCAUAGAAAACCGGUGCAACUCAUUGGAAAUUUUAACGAAAUUGUUUGAAACAUUUUGCCCACUCAAUGAAUGGGCGCCACAUUUUGAAACUAAAUUGCAUAGUUCACUGGAGCACUGUGCCUACGUGGCGAUGGGAUAUUCUGGCGGAGCUCCCGAUCUCCGAUCCGCUCUAGGUUUUUUUUUAUAGUUUUUCAAUUAUUUAGCUUUUCAUUAUCUUAACUUUACAUAGUUUAUUAUUAUUAACUUUUUCUUUGGGUUAGCAACAUGUGUAUUCUGUUGACCCCAGCUAAUAAUCCUCAUAUACUGAGGGCUUUGCUGUAUUGGAAGAUAGAUAGCACUGUAUCCUGAGAUACCUGGAUUGGAUGUGGUGUUGGUGACACCCUAAAAAAAAUCCCAGAAAGGCCUCAUUUUAUAGCUGACACUGCCAACUGGAGCAAUAAUCAGUAUUUUUCUUUUGACCAGAUUUUAAAACUGCUCUUAUCAUUGUAAGCUGUGUUGCUGGUGCAUUUCUAUUACUGACGUUGAUGGUAUGCUGGUAUCAAUAUUGUAAUAGAAAUAGAAAGAAGUCCGUUGAGAUAACCUCGACAACAGUCGCCAAUGGGAGAGAAAAUACCAGUUUUGACACCUUGGAUAUGGAUAAUCUCUAAUAAUAUGGACAGUCGAACCUCUAUUAGGCGGCACCUUCUGUUAAACGGCUAUACAUGUCACAAAAAUGUUCGCUAUAAUUUACACUAUAAUGGUAGAAUAUUUAGUAUCCUCCAUUAACCUGCCACCUCAAUUAAGCGACUCUCUAUUAGCGGCCAUCACCCUCUUUUAAAUGACUAUACGUGUCAAGAAAAUGACCGCUAUUAUUUACUGUAUAUUACCCCAUUAAAGUGCCACCUUAUAUAGAGGUUCAGCUGUAAUUUAGUUUCGCUUUUUUUAUCUUCAUAAAUAUUCUUAGAAUGUGAUGCAUCCAUAUCCAUCCGCGCUUUGGUGUAUUACCACAUUUGCGGUUUUACGAAAAUCCGCUCCUCGGUCUCCCUCAACUUCAAAUGAGACAAGGGCAUGCAGGGCAUGAUCAUGAGGAAUGAAUCCUUUUUCCCCAACCUAGGAGCAUGGGGAAAACGGUAAUAAAAAAUGUGGUGAAAAGUUAGUCUUUUCCCCCUUUCUCAUAUUAAGCUUGCAUUUUGACAAAUCACUAAAUACUGAAUUUUCUGUACGAGUGAUUAGGGGGUGGGGCGCAAAUGGUAAUCAUAUAACCCUGAAAUAGACGAUACUUGCAAUAUCACCAUUUACUUUUAGUGGGAGAUUAAGGCAAAUUAGUAAUUGCACUGUUACACGUUAGGAUAAUCUAUUUGGAGCGGGUCGUGGGUAAGAGAAGCGGAUUGUAGUAUUGUACUUGAAAGCGUGAUUUGGAAUGAAUAGAAUGUAAAAUAUAUAGUGAUAGUUAUAUACCAUAGUAAACAGUAGCGUAUAGCAUUCAGUAUAUAGUUAAUUAGCCUUGAUUUUGUUUUUAUUUUUGUAGUAUAACGAUAGAUCGCGCAUGAUUCAAUUUUAAAUUUCCUACCUGAGAGGGCAAUAAAAUUACACUUAUAUGUAUACCACAUUUUAUAUAUAUUACAUAAACUUGGACUAAGCCACUAGUUAACGGGACUCCUUCAGCCCUAUUUAUUUUGUGGAUUAAUGGCAACAAACUAGAUCAUAGUCAGGUCUAAAACGCCUAAUGUUUGUUGCCAGCCAUUAAUGACUUUAAGUUUUGAUGCUUCUUUCACGUGUCAGGCAUGCGCACAAACGCAUGACACCAUUAAUAGAUCAUUCUUUGCUCAUGGCGUUGCAAACUACUUGGCCAUAUUUACAAGGUUCGUUAUGGAAACAGGAUUAAAGCUGCCAUUUGGAGCUUGAUAAAAAACAACCCCUCGUUCAAUAAAGAUCGUGAGUUUUCCGUACGAAUACAAAGCUUUGCCUUCAUGACGUCGCCCUGUGAUUGGUAGGAACGAGAUGUCGUAUUCAUUCGCCUGAAAGAAAUAAAGUAUUAUUGCACGAGUAUAGUUGAGCGACAUGCAUAUUCGUAUAGAUACUGCUUUG